AGUCGGGACCCGCAACGAACACCAAUGCAGUGGGAUGAUGAGCUCAAUGCUGGUUUUAGUGACAGUGAAAAUGGCACAUGGCUAGACAUCGCUCCGGACUACAGCACUGUCAAUGUGGAGCUUCAGCAGGCUGAUACACACUCCACCAUUUCACAGUAUCGUGCUCUGAGUUUACUCAGGGUGGCUGAGUUGGCACUGUCCCGAGGCUGGUUCUGCUUCGUCUGGAGCGAUGUCAACGUAUUUGCUUAUUUGCGUGAGCUGGAUGGGCUCAACAAAGCCUUCCUGGUGGUUCUAAAUUUCGGCAAGGAUACUACAACAGACUUGUCUUCAGUUACUGAGUUGCCAGAUACUCUUACUGUGCAUUUAAGCACAGUGCCAAUAAGUCCAAAGACUUUCUCUAAAUCCAGAAUUCCAACAUCUCAAGGGCAAGGACUGCUCCUGGAAUAUUCCACCAAUCAGCGCUUUCACCCCAACCAUGCAUCUGAGUGCUAUGUCUCUGAGAAAGCCUGCUACUUGCCUGCACUAGAUAUUUUGUACAAGUGUUGAAGUACUUUCUAGAAGACGUGUCUUGAGCGACACAGUGACAAACGAUAAAGGCUAUCUAUUCCUUGUUUUAUUUCGGUGGUGUCAUGCUGGCUAGUC